AUGUUCCAGGCUGGGGAUAAUGUUCUCCAGCCCGACAACGAAGAAUGGGUCAUCGAACCUCAAACCGUGCAAGAGCUACCUCUCCCCUCCGAUUUCUUCUGGGGGACUGCCACGGCUGCAUACCAGAUUGAAGGCGCAGCAUCCCAGGAUGGCAAAGGACAAUCCAUUUGGGAUGUUUUCAGCCAUCUCAAUCCCUCACGUACGAAUGGGGACAGUGGCGAUGUGGCCUGUGAUCACUAUAAUCUCAUGAUCGAAGACGUGAAGCUUAUGGCCUCGUACGGGGUGGAUACAUAUCGAUUUUCCAUCGCCUGGUCUCGCAUUAUUCCUCUGGGCGGUCAUGAUGACCUGAUCAAUGAAGAUGGGAUCGCAUUCUACGAUAGGCUCAUUGAUUGUCUUUUGGAACACAAAAUCGAGCCAUUUGUGACUCUCUAUCACUGGGAUGUACCACAGGAGUUAUAUAUCCGCUAUGGUGCCUUCUUGAACACAGAUAAAUUCACGAAAGACUUCGAGAGAUACUGCCGGCUUUGUUUCUCUCGCUUUGGCGAUCGUGUGAAGAAAUGGGCCACUUAUAAUGAACCAUACAUCAUCUCUAUCUUUGGACACCAUAGCGGUGUGCUUGCCCCUGGUCACAAUUCUGCGGCUGGGAAUGACACACGCAAGGAGCCAUGGCGCGUCGGUCAUACAAUUAUUCUAUCCCACGCAAAGGUUGUGAAAAUCUACGCGACAGAGUUCCAACGUCCUCAGAAUGGUAUUAUCUCGAUCGUGCUGAACGGCCACUUUUAUGAACCGUGGGACUCAAAAAGCGAGGAGCACAAGGCUGCCGCACAACGCAGGCUUGAAUUCUACAUUGGCUGGUUUGCUGAUCCCAUAUUCCUGGGCAAAGACUACCCGGCCCAAAUGCGCGCCCAGCUCCAGUCUCGGUUGCCAGAAUUCACCCACGAAGAGAUGAUGCUUCUCCAGGAGACAGCCCCGAUCAAUGCAUUUUACGGAAUGAACCAUUACUCUACUAAAUUUGCCCGCGCUCUUCCUGAUCCACCAGCCGAGGAUGACUGUACCGGAAAUGUAGAGGAAGUGGCCACAAAUAGUGAAGGAAAAAUGCUCGGACCCAUUUCUGGCAUGUCAUGGCUUCGCGUUGCCCCCCAUGGAUUUCGGAAACUUAUGAAUUGGGUAUGGGAUCGUUACCAUCUGCCAAUAAUAAUCACGGAGAAUGGUUGCCCAUGUCCAGGCGAAAGCCAAAUGAUCCUAGAACAAGCAGUCAACGACACCUUUCGUGUACGGUAUUUCGGUCUCUAUUUAGAUGCCAUUUCCGAGGCCAUUUACAAAGAUGGUAUUCCUGUACGAGGCUACUGUGCCUGGAGUCUCAUGGACAAUUUUGAAUGGUCGGCUGGAUAUGGCCCGCGCUAUGGUAUCACUCAUGUUGACUAUGACACGCUUGUGAGGACCCCCAAACAGUCCGCCCACUACUUGAAGAAGACCUUCAACGAGCGUCGCCAGCUGCGUAAUUAG